CGAGGAGGGCUGAGGCUACGCUUUUCUGAGCUCACAGUAUCUCCUCCCUUCACGUCUCCCGGGGCUGAGCCUCCGCGGCUGCCCGCCCCUAAUCUUCAGGCGGAGGCUUCUGCAAAACCCAGCCGUGAGCUCUGCCUAAGGAAAAGGGUCCUCGCCACCGCACCUUUCCGCUUGGCCGGCCACAUCCCCUAAACCGCUCCUCUGACCUAGGCUUGUGACCAAUUCUGCCCAGUAGGAUGAACUGGACUGCUGCCACGUGCUGGGCUCUGCUCUUGGCCGCCGCCUUCCUCUGUGACAGCUGUUCUGCCAAGGGCGGCCGGGGAGGCGCUCGAGGCAGCGCCCGGGGGGGACGCGGAGGCGCGCGCGGGACCUCAAGAGUGCGCGUGAGGCCGGCGCCCCGCUACGGCUCCUCUGUGCGCGUGGCGGCUGCAGGGGCUGCAGCAGGGGCUGCAGCGGGUGUGGCUGCCGGCCUUGCCACCGGCUCUGGCUGGAGGAGGACCUCUGGGCCUAGAGAGCUAGGCCUGGAAGACGAUGAGAACGGGGCAACGGGAGGCAAUGGGACUGACCGAGGAGUCUACAGCUACUGGGCCUGGACUUCCGGCUCCGGGUCCACUCACAGUCCACAUGUUUGCCUGCUUUUGGGCGGCACCCUUGGAGCCCUAGAACUGCUUCGGCCCUAGACCAGGCUAAGCUCCAUGCCAGGUCUAGCUCCAGGUCUUCAGACCCCUGGGGCCCACCCCAAUGGUCUCCAGUGUAGAGGGUAACUUUCUUUUGCUAUGAUUCCCUGGCCUAGAGGUGUUCUGGACCCAAAAGGCCUCUUGCAAUCUGUGGAUACUGUCUACCCUCUUGUCCAUCCCAGUCUCCCAGUCCUCUACUCUGGCAGGAACUAACAGCUCUACUGCCAGAGAGGCAGGCUGCCCUUGACUCUCCAGAGCUGCCCAAGAGGAAGUACUUGGCUCUUCCUGUCUGCUUGCCCACCCUGACACAAGAACAUGAACAAUGCUGACACCAGGAAGACCCCCAUCCUCAGGUGGGCCUGAUUCUGACACUAAAGCCCAAAAGACCUGGGGCCUCCCAUGGAAGCAGAGGGAAUGCACCGAUUCCCUCUGAACUUCACAAUUGGCUGAAGAGAGCAUUCACUUGGAAUGCAAUGUGAAAAAUGUCAGGUGCUAACCACCUUCCCUGAGCAGGUUCUAACGAUGCCACAGCUCAGGAACAUCCAGAGCAGGAAAGUAUCCGUCCCAGGACACCCACCGUGGCCCUCCUAGAACAUGCUACCAAGGACAAGGUAUUAUGUUUCUUCCUGGCAGACUGCCCAAGAGACCUUCUGUCAGAAGGGUUCUUCUCCACUUGGAGCCCCUUGGCCAUAAGGACCACUUAACUGUUCCUAAAAUGCACUGCCACUAGGGGUUCCACAUUCACAAACAUUCCAUUCCCUUUAAACUUUAGGUUCACAAGUGAGGGUCACUUGGGUACAAUACCAAUCCCGACAGGAGCCUUCUUUGUAUAUAACCUGAACUGCAAGAUUGCCACAGUUCCGAUGGAUAGCAGCAUUCCAUGUUGGGAGAUCCUUCCCUUGGAAGCAGAUGGACCAGGGAGGAGAGAUAGAGUAUGGCACAAUUGACAGCCGGCAGCCUGCACACUGGAGGAGGCAAUAGUUCUUCAGGCCCACUACUGCCAGAAGAAAGCUGAGACACAGAAGAACCAGCCUCAGCAGGUUCUGAGUGUGGGCUGACACUACUAAAAGCUUCCUGACCAAUCCAUAUCCAUAAGGAGAACAGAGCUCAUGCCCCAAGUGGCCUCAAAGAGAUGCACUGCAGUCCUCACAUAGAUCUAGCUUUGGGCAGACUGGCUCCUUGCUGUUCAGGACCCACCAACACAUUCUUGCCCCAGUGGAGUGAUGUGUCUCUGGGCUCAGGCAAUAUGUACAAUAAGUACACUAGCCUCGCGUACUUCUGGUUACUAUACAGGUUUCAAGGCUAUUGGCAGGGCCCUAGCCAAGCAUUUUCUUAACAAGUUGCAGGACGCAGCUCCCUGCAGCUUCUAGCUACACUGCCGGUGCUCUCAGGCACAGCCAGCCCAGAUGCCCCUCUCUCUGUCCCUAAAACCAAGACCAGCAGGCUAAGGGCCAAGCCCACUCGGGGCCUCAAAGGCAGGUGCUGAUGCAUCAAGUCUGGUAGAGGGAGACCCACCAGAGCCCCUUGAGCUUACAAACUCCCCCGAGGAUGGGCUCUGUGGACCAGACCUUCACGUACCACAGAGCACCAUGUAUUAGUUGCAGGCAUAAUGAAAACAUCACCUUUUAAUGAUUAUUUCACACACCAGAAUGUGUAGCAUUUGGCCCAGCCACACACCUCUGAAUGCCUUCUCCACUAAAAGGAACCAUAGAUGCUAAAGAAGAAUCUCAGAGGUUUAUCACUAUUGCAGCCACAGCAAGAGGCAAGGAUGGAAGGCUAGCCCUUGUUAUCCACAAGAAGCAUUCAAGCAGGGUUCAGGCAACUAUGGAAAGGCCAGGUCCACACUGGACAGAAGAGACCAGAACUACUGAGCAGGAGAAGCCCAGCUGGCCCAACAGCACCUCCUGUCUGUAUCAACCAACCCCUUCCCUAUUUAUUUUUAGAAAGCAAGCUGCUGGCAGCAACAUCUUCUAGGUGCCACAGGUACGUGGAGGUCAAGUAUGCUGGGACACACCCUCUGCACCACCUCCUGAAGCCACCAUGGUUACAAUGGCCAGGUGGUGGUCCCCUCCCAGUGAUCCUCUGGCCUGUGAAAAGUUGAGCCUACAGCAGAUGGUCUCGUGAGGUACAGGCUCUGAAGUGCCAGCGGAGAGGACAUUCCUGGACUUCACUAUUCCAAACCCCCUGUCCAUGUCUGUGUGCGCUUGUAUCAGUGAAGAAUUCAUUGUGAAUAAAGCCCUCUGCUGAUAACAAGCUUCUCCCUCAUUGCAGGACUGAGAGACACAUGAGACUCUGACUAAGGAACCCCAGUCCCUAAUCUACCAAUCCCCAGCAUUCAUUGGUGGAAGGGGAUUUACCUUAUGGGCUCAGAGUACUAAGCGCACAAUGAAAUAAACAUCAAAAAAUGGGCCUUUUAACCUAGUGUCAUGGCACACACCUGUAUAAUCCCAGCUCAAGGGGCCGGGCAGGAGGAGUGAGUGUUUGAGACCAGUCCAAGCCACAUAAUGAAACUUUGUCUCAG